AUGGAACAGCUGAUGGCAGAGGAAACAAGGAAUAGGACAUGGGUCCGGGAGUUUGUCCUUGAGGGGUUCCCUGUGGCCGAGCACCUGAGAAUCCUCUUCUUCCUGAUGCAUUUGCUGGCCUACUUGGCUUCCAUCAUGGGCAACACGCUCAUAAUUAGCAUCACCUGCGUGGACCACCGAUUGCAGACACCCAUGUACUUCUUCCUCAGCACUUACUCCUUUGUGGAGUGCUGUUUUAUAACUACAGUUAUCCCCCAGCUGCUCGCCAUCUUUCUGUCAGGGAGGCAAACCAUCUCCUUUGUGGCUUGCUUCACACAGGCUCUUGUGGUUUUUGUCCUGGGGGCAACUGUUUUUUUCCUCCUGGCUGUCUUAUCCCUGGACCGCUAUCUGGCCAUCUGCAAACCUCUACAUUAUCCAACCAUCAUGAGCCCAAGGAUGUGCUUUCUCCUUGUUACUGUGUGCUUAGUUUUGGGAUUCCUCUUCAUGGCUGGUCCAGUUGUGAUGCUUUCCCAGUCAUCCUACUGUGGCCCCAAUGUUAUUCCUCACUUUUUCUGUGAUUUUGGGCCACUGGCAAAUCUCUCCUGUUCAGAUACCAUGUCUGUUGAGAUGCUGUUUUUUAACCUUGCUUUAAUUGUGCUUUUUGGUUCCCUUCUGGUAGCCAUCUUUGCAUACAGCAACAUAGUGGUCACAAUAGUGGGUCUCCCUUCGGCCAGGGAGAGACAGAAAGCUUUUUCCACCUGUUCCUCUCAUCUCAUUGUCCUCUCUCUAAUGUAUGGCAGCUGUGUAUUUAUAUACAUGAAGCCAAAGCAGACAAGCAGGCUGGACACCAACCGAGAGGCUGCUCUUGUGAACAUGGUAGUGACACCCCUUUUGAACCCUGUCAUCUACACCCUGAGAAACAAGCAGGUCCACCAGGCUCUGAGGGAUGCACUGUCCAGGGUUCAAUUACCCAGAUAUCACAGGAGCAGUGCACCUUCCCUUUGA